CAAGUAGGGGCGGGUCUUCGCCCAUCCCGAGUGGGAAAUAAAAUAAGGCGCGUCUGUUGAAUGUCAGUAGUUGACUUUUGUCAGUUGAUUAGAAGUGUUUAUUAACUGCUGUCGGAGAUAAAAGAGGAUGGUUAGAGGAGGGCGUUAUGGCGACUAGAAUAUUGAGGCGAACUGGCGUUUCUAACGAAAUAUGCGAGAGACUGAAACGACGUGAAAUAGAGAGCUGUAAGGACCUGUUGUCUCUGACUCCUGUUGAAGUGAUGAAUGCUGCGGGGCUGAGCUACGAGAAGGCCUCAGUGCUGCUGCAGUCAGUCAGCAAAGCCAUUGCUCCGCCAUUCACCACAUUGUUUUGGCAGGCUCUAGAGUUGUGGAAGCAACACUCCGACUCCUGUUUCUCCACAUCGUUGCCUGCCCUGGAUAAACUGCUGAGAGGAGGCCUGCCCCGUGGGACCAUCACAGAGGUGACAGGGCCGUCUGGCUGUGGGAAGACUCAGAUGUGUUUGAUGCUGAGUGUUUUGGCCACUCUUCCAAAGAGUGAGGGCGGCCUGGACAGCAGUGUCAUCUACAUUGACACAGAGUCAGCUUUCUCUGCUGAGAGGCUGGUGGAGAUUGCACGGAGUCGGUUCCCAGGCUACUUCAGCUCGAAGGAAAGAGUCCUGCAGAUGGCUGCGCGGGUCCAUCUCUUCAGGGAGCUCACCUGUCAAGAUGUCCUCAACAGACUGGAGAGACUAGAAGAAGACAUCAUCUCUACUGGAGCAGGUCUAAUCAUCCUGGACUCUGUGGCUUCAGUGGUGAGAAAGGAGUUUGACACAACGCUGCCCGGUAACCUGAUCCACCGCAGCAACCUGCUGAGCCAUGAGGCCACCACCCUCAAAUACCUGGCCCACCAGUUCAACAUACCUGUGGUCCUGACCAACCAGAUCACAACUCAUGUGGGGGAUCAAGGAUCUGCCGUGUCUGCUGAGGUGGAUUCUAGCUUCGUAACAGCAGCUUUGGGGAACACGUGGAGUCACAGUGUCAACACACGUCUUAUUGUCCAGUAUGUGGACGCACACCAGAGACAGAUAUUGAUAGCCAAGUCACCUGUCGCUCCAUUUGCAGUGCUGAACUACACCAUUCAGAAGCAGGGAAUCUGUAUAGAUGGCUGUGUGAUCUCUCACUUGCUGUCCAUGGAGUGUUACUCUGGUGUGAGAGUUCACAGAGCAGAGUCCAGCUGCUGCUCAGUAUUCCCAGCACACAUCCACCUACUACAGAAGAAGAGGAGAGACACUCUGGGAUGGAAGCAGAUCUCCUCACACUCAGAAUCUGGAAGCCUUUAGCCUGCAGAGCCACGAGGGAAACGACAGUCAGGAAAUCUUGUAUGAGGGCACUGAUCCAGGCCUCCAGCCAAUCAGGGUUCGGACUGAAUUCAACUACAACCUGAACUGAUUUGUGGACUGAAUAGACCAAACACCUGUGUGUGUACCUCUACCAAACCCUACUCCCUCUCCGUCCUCUUCUAACUGUUGGCCUACCUCGCUCACUCACUGCCACCAACUCUGUUUCUAAACUGAAUAGAAGCGACUUUACAGAGUUAUCAUUUCAAACUGUAAACACACAGACGCGUGCACCCUCACCCUCGUACACCUACCCUUGUGGGGACCCACCAGUGACACAAUGCAUUCCCUAUCUCCUUACACUACCCUUACCAUCACAGCUGAAUGCCUAACCCUAACCUAAAACCAAAUCUGAGCCAUCAAACAGUUCCAGCAUUUCAGUCCCCACAAAGCUGGACCCUGUAAGUAUUGCAAAACAUCUAUUUGUGUGUGUGUAUGUGUGUCAUAGUGGUUGAUAGUGUUACACACACAUUACAUUUGUUGUUGUUGUAAACUAUGACUGAACUGGCUAAGGUUUGGUUGGAAAACUUAAGAAGGAAGUGGAGGCCUUGGUGGCCUAAUGGUAAAGGCAUAUACCAUAUGCUGUAACCACAGUGCUCAUGGUUCAUUCCCAGCCUAGCACCCAUAUGCCCCUUCUCUCUACUCUCUUCUCUCAACUAUGAUAUAAAGGCAAAAAUACUAAAUUAUAAAUAAAGGCACGAGGGAGCAUUUCCUGCCAAAGAGUGAGAUCCACUCAUUUGACCUAUUAUAACCAUCUCAGUUCACUGUGUUAAUAAAGGACAAGAUACAUAUCAAUUCUGCAUACAGUGUUCAUAUUUUUCCCAGAUUUAAGAUGCUCCCCUGAUUAAAUUUCCACACUGGCAGUCAUUACUGGCUCUAGGGAUCAGUUGAGAUGUUUUGGAAAACCAACAUUAAGUAUGUUUCCACAAGUGUCUAAUCCUGAAAUAAAAAAGUCAAGAUAUGGCAAAAAAGUUUGUGCUCAGCUUUGAUGUAAAAGUUGCUGAGUCUAUAAAAAUGAUUGACGAAGUGAAAAGUGAAACAGGCUUAGUGAACAAACGCUGACGUACAUGAGGCAUGACGAGAGGAAAAUAUCAGAUCUGUGUGGAGCGAUGAGACUGGAACCUUCUUCACAUUAAAGAUCCCUGUCAGGGAAACUGACUGGCAGACUGUUAAAGAAAAUCACAGUAUCAGACAGUUUCACUGCCAUCAUGGACCUGUAGAAUAAACUGAAAGACACUUUAAACUCAGAAAAUUCACUGUUUGUCUGUAUUUGUGGCUGACUAAAUGAAGAUCAGAUCACACUGUAUGACCACUUAAUGGAAAAAACCAGGUCAUUCCACAUAGUUCCCUGACUUUUUCUCUUUACUGUAAAACUUACUGACAUUCCCAUCAGCCACAGCAGCAAUGUGUUUGGUGCUAUAAUCCCCACACUAAACUAAGAUGAAUGGUGAGCAUGGUAAACGUUAUACCUGCCACAGAUGUUAGCAUCCCCACCAUCAUCAUCUGAGGAUGAAAAACUCACUUUGCAUCCCACAAAUUAGCAUGGCUAUAAACUUAAACCAACACACUCCAAGUCCAAACUGAAAUUCCACUGUGACAAUGUGAAAAGUUUGUGUGUGUAACAGUGGAACAGGAACAAUGCAAACUCGGUCUGAGAUGAAAUUUUAUUGUGGUUUAUUUAGUUUUCUUCUUGCACAACUGACAAUUUCUGUUGUUACAGGGAUGUGCGCCAGCCUGGAGAAACUCAACUGUUAUUUAAUUUCCCUUUCAUUUGAACAGGCUGGACAUGCCAAACCUUUGCCAUGGCCUUGAUCUCAUGACCUCACCCUCAGUAUUGUAAUGUCAUUAAAUGGACAUGGAUUUCAUUGGUCACUGGCUCAUUUCUGACAGCAAAAUGUCAGCAGAAACAACGCAACUCUUUUCCCAUCUGAUAUUGUGUUGUACAGUAUCAUGACCUCAGUAAGAAGUUAUAGACCCACUGUGAUUUUACCUGCUUGUUUCAGAGUUGAAUAUCUUGUAUAUAAAUUCAGACCUGCCUUUGAAAACACCCUCAGAAUUUUAUUUCCAGUUUGAUUUGAAUCAAAGAUCAGAUUUUAGUCACUUUAACCUUCAGCUUUAACGUUUAACUUUAGUUUAUGCCUGAUGGUGAUUGUGUUAUAUGGACAGCUUAUUCAUUAGGUUGUGUUUCACAGAUGGCUCCCUAAGAAGUGUCAGCCCCGCCUCAGUGCACACACUAAGGUAGUAGAGUGGCGAUUAACAUGGCAGUGCAGGCUCCAGGCGGUGGGGCAGUGAGGCCAAAGGAAGGUGGCUGGGCCUGUUUACACCUCUGAAGAUCAGCUGCUUCAGCACACAGCAGCCUGAAUCAGCUGCUAAUGCUCAGGACUGAACAUGACCCAUCAGUCCUGCAAGUCAUUAACAGGCUCUGACGGGCUGUUGCCAUGGUACCCGUUCCCAUGACUUGUGUUCCCAUGGCCAAGAGCCCUCAGGGGAAGUUUGGCCACUUAGCUGAACAAUGGUGUUAUUUCUGGUGACUCCUCCUGGUUUCUCUGACCACAGGACACACACAGUCUGUCUACAUGUUCAGCUGCAGGAACAUGAAGCCACUGUAUGCUGUUUAUAUACAGUUUGUGGUAGUGGUGGUGGGUGUAUGUGUGUGUAGAGGGCUUUACAGCUUAGGGAAAAAGCAAUGAGAUAUUCAUGCACCUUUUGUUUUCCUCCCUGUCAUAUGCCGUUCAUUCCAGAGAUGUUCUUUUCACUAAAGGAUCAUGGGAAGUUGCCCCCCUGUUGUGUCCUGCUAAUGAAUACGGCGUGGAUGUUUUUACCCUCUCUAAUCUGUUGACCUUUGAGCUUCUGUUUCAGCCUGAUCCAACAUGAAGUUUGGUCUCCUCACAGUCCAGUGAUCGUUUUGACUUGCAUAAUGUACUGUACUGUCAGCUGGCAUUAACUUUCAACAGAUUUCCUUAGACAUGUUCCUUUUUCUGUCUCUCCCUGUCAAAUACACAAACACACUCACACACAGAUCACUGCCCCAGGCCCAGACAGACAACCCUCCAGAGCUGUACUUAGAGGACUGACAUGUUCUCACAGAUCACUUGAUGAGCUGUCUCAGUUAUGUCCUCCCUCCCUGACAGAUGGGGGAGGGAGGAGGAGUCAGGAGGUCCAAAUUGAACCUACCUACUCAUCUCAAAGCCUUUACUUACCUCUGUGCUGCACCUGUUCCUAAGGCAGAGUUGGGCAGUGUUAGGAUACUGUGGCAGUAUCAGCAGAGAAGUGGUUCUCCCAUGCUGUGCUGUGAGUGGGUGAGUGGAUCAGCUGUGGUAACAGAGGGUCUGAAGUUAUUUCUUCCAGCAGACAGAGAGGCCCACCCCGUUUCAUCAGUCUUAUAAAAUAUCAGUGGGUGUCCCAGAGCUGUGUGUCUGGCUGAGGGACUGCAGAAUCAAUUCAUUUCAGUGGAAUCAUCACAGUCAGCGUAUUACCUGGUGGAGUUUUUGCGUUAAGCUCCAUUUUGGUGUAGCCAGACUAAAUUGCCAUGUUGUUUCACUUCAGUUCUGCACGGUGGUGCAGUGGUUAGUGCUGUCGUCUCACAGCAGGAAGGUCCCGGGUUUGAGUUCACCCGGGGCUUUUCUGUGUGGAGUUCAUGUUCUCCCUGUUCCUGUGACAUACAAGUUAAAUGUUGACUCUGAAUUGCCUGUAGGUGUGAAUGGUUGUUUGUGUCUAUGUGUCAGUCCUGUGAUGGCCUGGUGAUCUGUUCAGGGUGUGCCCCACCUCUCGGCCAGUGUCAGCUAUAAGGAAAUAUGUUGAUUUAAAAGUUACUUCUUUAGCUCGCCUUACAACAUCCCAUACAGCUCUAUCUAUCUCAUCCAGGCUGUCAGUUUUCUGUGUUGACACAUGAAUCUCCAUCAUUAAUCAAUAGCAGAUAGUCUUGAAGUUACAUCAUAGUGAAAGUGUUUUUAAAAGAGGCUGUGUUUAUCAUGUUCACAAUAUGAGUCUAUGUGAAACAGCCACUGUUGUGGUAUUCAUUCAGAAGAAUGAUUUUUUAUUUAUUUAAUGCAGUGUAUUGACACACAGAGACCUCACUGAAAUGAAUGCAGGGGCUGCUGAACUCUGGGUUUAGUCAGCGUUAUACAGACCUGGAGGUUAGAUUAGCCCAGUCUGGAAAAUCUGUGUCAUAAUAAUGAGCAAGAAACUGGAGCAAAGUCACGAGGCCUGUUCUGCAGAGAGCAAAGUCCUCACUCAGAGAAUACACACACACACACACACACACACACACACACACACACACAAGAAUACACUGUCAGAUUCACCUCUGCCACUGUACAGUUGACACCAUCCUGCUGGGAAAACAAAGAGGCUUUUAGAAACAACAGAGUGCAGUUACAGAGUGUCAACUUCACUUUGGCUUAAUGUCAGAUACGCAACACAUGAAGCUUGAUCAUUUCCAGCUAUCAGCAUUAUUUACCCGAUUAUCAGCAGCAUGUGGUUAGUUUUUGUUUCUGAUAGACUCCAACAGUGCUUCCUCAAUCAUGUAUCACUGUGCUCCAACUGGUAAAAUUAUAAUGGAGCCUUACAUAACUAAGGUUUUCUUGGGCCAAAAGCAUGGAAGAAAGUGAAAUGGAUAAAUGGAUAAUAGAAUAACUUUCUGCCUUGGAAAUAUAUCAAACACGAACAGAGCCCCUGAAACACUGUCUGAUAAGCACAUCAGUUACUGGCUGAUGACAGAAUUAUGGUUGUGCUCUUUGCUUUUGCUAUUGUCACAGUAGGUAACUCAGCAUCUUUGCAGCUGAUAUAUGGUGGGUUAUGGUGGGGCUGUUGUGGCUAUGUAGCUGUGAUUAUGACUAGGGAACAGUAUGGCUAUAAUUAUAGCAUGGUGGUAGCUAUGGUUUUGGCUGUGGCUGUCGUGUCUACCAUGGCUGACACACGAGUUUUAAUAGGUGUAAUCCUAAAGACAUGCAGGACUCAGUGCAGGUUCAGUGAGAGAGCAUUGUGGUGAAACUGUUACUGAACAUACAGCAAAUCUGUCCAGGUCUGAACUGGGCUAUGCUAAGCUCUCACAGCCAGUGUUUCUUCCUUAAGUGCUGUAAACAGUAGCUACAGAAACAGCUACAUAGUCACAGUCACAUAACCAGCCACAGUGGCUGUAGCUGUGUGAUGGUGGUGGAGAGUGCUAGCUAACAUAUCGCACCAAAAUCUCCCACAGGUGUUCAGUUGGGUUGAGAUGUGGUGACUGUUAGAGCAGUUAUGAAUCACAUCAUUUUCAUCCUCAAUAAAGCAUUUAGUGAGCUCUGUGAGCUGAAUGUGUGUGAAGCAUCAUGUGCUCAACUCUUUUACUCAGCUAACUUUACAAAGAUAAUGAUGAACUGGACUGCAUUAUAUUGAGAGGUGUUUCUAAGAUUUAGCCCACCCCAUUUACAAACAUGACACAUAAUGUCUCUGACAGUAUCAGUAAAAGCUGAACAUUACUAUCUUUGUAAGGGUUCGUUGCAGUGGGUGUACCUAAUAAAUUGGCCACUGAGUGUACUUUGUCAGUCAUCUGGGUAGUGUUACAGUCCUUAUUUCCAGGACUUGUGACUUGACUUGGACUCAAACAGUGACUGCAUUCAGACUCUGACACUGGAGACAAAGAUGGACUUUUUUUGUUAUUUUUUAGACUAUAAUAAUUAGCAUAAGUUAUUGAAAGGUAUAUUAAUACUGUAACAUUAUUCAGUUUUGUGCAAGGGCAGGCAUGUGUGUUCCCCAGCCGACAUGCAGAUUCACGUGAUUUGGACUGGGACUUAAGCACUGGGGACACGAGACCCGACUCGUAUGCAAAGUUUAGUGACUCGAUAACAACACUACAUCUGGGUUUAUCAGAAAUCUCCUGCAAUCCAGCCCACAUAGCUGUCAGAGCAGCAGCGUGGAUUUGGAGUCUAAUGGCCUUGUGUCUCUGUUUGGAUCAUGGAGGAAGCCAUGAUGAACAUUGUUUGUAAAGAGUUCUCAGUGAUUUAGUGCUGACUCUGAGCUCAUCACUGACAGACUCAAACAUAAAAGCAGCUCUGCCUUCAGUCUGGGAUGGGUUUGGUUUAUUUUCUUUUAAAGUGUUCACCUCCAUGUAACUUGCGUCAGCCUGAUGCUAUCAGUUAUAAUUCAAUCCAUGGAUAAACUGUUUUGGGUGUAUUUACUCUCUCAGACAGUCUUGGAUAGGCAGUGUAGAUGCCCAUCAUGUUAUUUGUCAGCUGUAAUCUCCCAUCUGAGCAGCUGGAAUGUGUUCCAGUGAAGUGUGGCGUUACUGGGAGAUAUGUGGUAGAAUCAGUCUUUUUCCUAACUUGAAGCAGUCCUCCCCCGCGUGUCCUCAUUUUCUUUUCCUGUACUCUUCAUCCUAUCUUUCAAACACGUCCUCUGAGCUCAUCCAUCUUAGCUCCAGCUGAGACGUCUGUGUUUUCACUGUGGAGAUUCUACCUGUUUGAUCCUAUUAUUUUUUCAGCUGGGAGAACAUCACUAACAGAGGCACUGUAAAAUCAGUGGCAAUGAUAAUACUCAACUGCAGAGCCUUUCUCUUCAGCAGCAGAGUCUGUGGGCACAGUGACUCGCUCAUGCAUGCUGGAGAUCUGUUCCUCCACACCAGAAACCACCUUUCUGGCAUAGUGUUUUUUGGUGUAGUCUUUGCAAAUAAACUCGGGCCCCUGACAAGGACCUGUGUUUAUUAAACAUCUCAGAGUAGAGAUUCAGUCUUUUUUUAGCAUUUUCACUGUGCACAGAAGGAGUAAUGCACAGAAGCAGUAAAACUAGACCAAUCUGAUGUUCAUGUGUAAGAGUUGGUUUCGUCUUGGCCUGGAGUGCCUCGUUUAACUUAGAUCUCCACACAGCUAUUAAGUGUGGAUUUGUCCUGCCAGUGUUUUCUGAUACAGCUGCCCGUUUAUUUUCUCCUCAGAUCUACCAACAGCUUGCAGGGUUAAAGAAACAGCAGGGGAAGAGGAGUGAGUCCACAGGCUCUGAGCUGGAUUACAGUAUGGGCUGGGCAACACUAGAUGUUGUUUGGUUCAUGGGUCAGGGUACUACAAGGGAAGCAGAAACUCUCCCCUCUGAGCCUGUGUUUACUCAGGAGCUGAGCCUCUGAUCAUCUACUUUUCUCUGAGGAAAUAAAGCUGGGAUUAGUGGUGGAGGCUUGGUUCAUUAUCAGCACUAACAGUUGCAGCUAUGCUAUUAGUCUUACAGAAACUAUUUAUUUUAUUUAUUUUGACAUAAAACAUUUAACAUUGAAAUAGAAAUCAGAUGACUGCUGGGUACGAUAACUCUGUGGCACUAGAGAAAAUGAGUUAGAAAUGAGGGCAAAACCCUUAAUAAGCUGUGAUUGAUUUUAUGACUGUGUGUUCUCUGUAAAUCUGUUUUUAUCACAGUUAUACUUUAUGAUGCUACAUGAUAACAUUUGCCAUGAAUGAACCAUUCCAGUCCACCCCACCAAAAAAAAAAAGUCUCCAGUAAACAUGCCACACAGCACGUGUGCACAGAGGAAACAGAUGAAAUCUUGACAAUACCAUAACUAACUGCCUCAUUAUGUGGGAAGCAGCAGUGAACUAUCAGGAUGUGACGGAGCUCUAAAAGAAUUUCUGACUGUAGGCUUUCUCAAUAAUCACAUCACACUUGCUGAUGGAAACACACCUGUGUUGCAUUUUCUUUUUCCCUAUCUGAGAAAAUCAAUGCACCGUUCUUGCUGUAGCUGGAUGGAAACACACAAUGCCUGUGUUUGUUUGGGUCAUUAAGACGAACAGAAAUUAAACAGCAGGUAAAUUACAUUUUGGACUUGGUCACCUUUCAUGGAAAUGAGAAAGUAAUCACACCAACCACAGGCAAUUACAGGAUUAAUGCUAGAGGGAGAUGGAUGUUGAUAUCUGACUCAGCGGUUUCUCAUGAUUGCAAGGUUGAGCAGAACACAAUGAAGUGAGGACAAACAGAUCAUAUUCAGAUAUUCAUUACAGGAAUAAGGAGUGGGGAGGGGAAAACAUCCAGUUUGGUUUGACCAGGUGAGGAUCACUUUUUAAUCAGCAAUGUGAACCCUCUCAAAAAAGCACAACACAUUUGACUUUUCUACAGUGAUCCAAACCACAUUAGACAAGCUGUAAUUUUAUCAUGCCCUUAAAUACCGUAAUGUCAUGAAGAUGGCACUGAAACCUCUGCUUGUUCCAGCAGCAAUACAGCAAAGGCAGGCUCUCCCUCUGAUCUCUGAGGGAACGCUGUAAAAAAUGAGUGCAUGUGUGCGGUAUCUGGCAAGGAGGUGUGUAAAGAGCUGAGAGGAUGAGAGGGAAGUCAACACAAACUGCAGCCAUAGUGUCUCCUACAGUUGAGUACCUCUGUCUGACUGUCAUUAGAGGAAAAACAGCGCUCAGGUCAGCUGCAGGGACGUUGUGUUGUACAGACUCUGGUGUUCUGCUAGACCUGGACUGAUUUUAUGGAAAAUGUACAUUAAUGUGUCAACUAACAUAUAGACCACCACACCCUAGGCUAACUGGAUGAGUACUUAAAGGGACCGUUCCAUGUUUUUUGCCUGCUUCAACCUACAGAUCACAUAUACUGCCCUCCAGUAAGUCAGUGAUAACUGCUCAUUACCCUGUGGUAUAUACAGGAACUUGAAAACAGUGUACUACAACAUGCUUCGGAAACCGAGCAGCAGUAAUACAUGAUAUGUAGUAAAUGGGCUGAAAUGCUGGUAUGGUCCAAACCUAAUGUUGUGUCAUAUCCUGCUCAGUAAUCUACGGACUGUCUGCGUCACAACAUCAACUCACACAUUCAGUAUAAAGACAUGUUUUAUUGGUUUUAACUGCAAUCUGUCAUAACAAAAUAAACCAUAAACAAAGUAAUUACUGUAGUGACAGCAACAGCUGCUGGAGAAUACAUUCAACAGUUGCUUUUCAUGUGUCAAUCCUGUUAACCUCCAACCUACAGGAAUACAUUUUAGGCUUUUAUCUGCUCUGUUACAGAAACAUAUGAAGGCACAUUUGAGAAACCUGGAAUGUAUUUAUAGGCACUUCAUGGGAAAAAAAGUGGUCAGAAACAACCUUUACAUCAUCAUGAUCAUCAUGACUCAAAGUGCUAGUAAGUCUGUGCGUGAUACUGCGGAACAGGCAUGCUUCUAUCGUCCUUUCAAAACAAAGCCUUAAAAUGUUGUUUGUAAAACUGAGUGGCUGAUAAUCAAAUGAGAAGUCAUCCGAAAAAAAAGACACAAAUAUGAGAACAGGACUGUUCCAGAGCCUGCAUUGUAGAGAAUGAAAGAAGAUGCUACCCAGAACUGCAGCAGAGAUGAGAGGCCUGGACACACUGGAAGCUAUGGUCAACACGCCUGCAUUUUGAUCUGGAAAUUUGACAGCUGGUAGAGUGCAGGUGGGAAAUGUUAACACGGUUCCUACAAGAGUUGUGUUCCAACAUUCCAGGGUUACAACACUCUGAAUUCAGUCAAAUUCAGCAAAUUAAUGGAAAUACUGUCACUUUGAAUAUCCUGUUGCUCAGUAUUGUUUAGAUGCUCUGUAGACUGACACUGGUGUACUUGAAGGAUGGAGGUCUAAACCCACUGAGUGAAUUGUUCUAUCUAUCUGAAGGAUAUAAAACUAUUUUCCCCAAACUUCUUGGUGCAAUUUCCAAACAUGGUUGAAAGGCUUUAAAUUAAUUUCAAUUUAAUAAAUAUAGGAAUUUAUAUACAUUCACAGUGAAUUUCACACUUGAAAAGGUGUGAGCUGCUCUGGCAAAAAUGUGUGUAAAGA